CAGGAUUUAUGGUUCAUGAUGUCGAUUUAAAAAGAUGGGCUUUACAAGCUCAAGAAGAAAUAGGAAAUGUAAUUCCUAUAUUUAAAGCAUCUCACAGCUGGAUAUCAAGAUUCAAGAAAUCCCACCGAAUUGUUUCAAGAAAAGUUACAAAGUUUGUAACUAAAAGAACAGUGGAAGAUUCUAUUGAUUUACAAAAUUCAGCAAAUAAUUUUUUAAAAACAGUAAAACCACUUAUUGAACAGUUUGGAGCAGAAAAUGUUUAUAAUUUUGAUCAAAGUAGUUUUCAAUUAGAAAUGCAUUCUGGAAGAUCAUUGUUUCCUAAAGGAAUAAAAAAAGUAGAGCGUAUCGUACAAUCUGUGUCAUCAACAACCCAUUCAUACACGAUACAACCAAUAAUAUCAUGUAAUGGUAAUUUGCUGUCACCUUUAUUUAUUGUUUUGAAAGAAGCUAACGGCGAAUUUGGACCAAGAGUACAAGAAACUUUAUUUAAACCAACAAAUGUUAUUGUAAAAGCAUCGAAAUCUGGUAAAAUGACAUCAGAUCAUUUUAAAAUGUAG